AUGGUUUGGCUUCCUGUAGUUUUUACGAUAGAAUAUGCGAUUAAUCAGGAAACUCGAUUAAGAUUGCUCUGGCCAUAUCCAGCCAAUGCAACAGUACAUCCUGAAUUAUCCACCCAAGAUCAAUUUAUAAUGGAACCUUCAUGCUCACAUUCCAAUUGUGACCUGUAUGAUAGGUCUAAUAGAGUUCCAUAUGAAAGGACAGAGAAAAAGACUGAUAAUGAUCCUAAUAUGGGGACACCAAACAACCAGUGCAAUAGACAUAGAAUAGAUGACAUUGAGAGGGAGGAUUUUGAAGAGGAGAAUCGUAUGAUCAAACAUUGUUCAAGCAUGAUGGUUGAUGGAGAGAUUGCCGCUGCAUCACAUUACUCGGGCAAUUUAUCGAGCACAAAUUCAAGCUUAGCCUCCAGCUCGGAGACAAUCUCAACUCUAUCCAAUAUGAUGGCAAAUGAUUUUAGCCUGCCAGGUUGCAGUAAGAAUGAUGAUGAUAACUGUGAAGGUGGCAGCAAUGCGACAUUAAAAAGCAUGAUCCAUAAACCAAUAUACCAAACCAAUGAUGAACCUAAAAAGAUUGAUUUCAUGCAGAAACUGUUGAGUAGUGGUGUGCCGGAGAAGAAAGACUUUCCAAAAGGCAAGCUUUAUAAAGAACAUUUAAUGAACACUUGCGACAACGAAACAGCAGAUGGAUGUGAUAUAGAUACCGUGAGUGGUUCUUCUGGACGCACAAGUUCCAAUGCAUCUAGCAUUGCUAGUGCUAGUUCCGAUAGCAAGGAGUUCAGUGUUCCUUCAACAUCCAAUGCAGACAAAUUACUUGGUCUUGAUAGCAGUGCGAGGCUUACAAGGAGUUCUAAAUCGUCGAGCUACAUGCGACAAUACUGCGAAGGCGAUGACGACUCGGACGACGAAGUUAAUGAAGAAUCGUGGUGCACGUGUCUUUCAUCCCAUGAGGAUGAUGAGGACGGCGAGGAACCUGAACCAGACGAAAGGUUGUGGCGCAAGCGUCGUUACGAGCCACCCCCUCCGCAGUCAGCGAAGAAGUUUUGCGGCGAUAUAAACCCUUCGAGCUCCGUACUGGAGUGCUGGCCCAACCUGCCCAUACCGGCGUCCAGCACCGCCGCCCCAGGGUCACCGGAGCUAAGGCAGUGGCUUCAUAGAUUCCAAACUUGGUCCAACGGCGAGAAGAUCCAGGCGAUCGACGCCCUGAUCAACCGCUGCGCGGCGAGCGACGUGCGCUACAUGAUGAAGGCGAUCGAGCCGCUCUUCCAGCGCGACUUCAUCUCGCUGCUGCCCAAGGAGCUGGCGCUGACCGUGCUGGGCUACCUCCAGCCCAAGGACCUGCUCCGCGCCGCCCAGACCUGCCGCUACUGGAGGUUCCUAGCCGACGACAACCUGCUGUGGAAGGAGCAGUGCCGCCGCAUCGGCAUCACCACGCUGAAGAAGAUGCCGCGCUCGCUGCCCCGAUGCGCAAGCCCGUGGAAGGCGGCGUACAUGAGACAGUACCUGAUCGAGAACAACUGGCUCCACAAGCCGGUGGACAGCCCGAUCGUGAUGCGCGGCCACGACGACCACGUGAUCACGUGCCUCCAAUUCUACGGGAACCGCAUACUGAGCGGCAGCGACGACACCACCCUGAAGGUGUGGUCGGCGAUCACGGGCAAGUGUCUCCACACGCUGGUGGGCCACUCCGGCGGCGUGUGGUCCUCCCAGAUGGUCGGCGACCUGGUCAUCAGCGGCUCCACGGACCGCACGCUGCGCGUGUGGAACGCGAAGACCGGCCACUGCCUCAAAGUGCUCGCGGGCCACACGUCCACCGUCCGCUGCAUGCAUCUGUACCAGAACAGGGUGGUGUCCGGGUCGCGUGACGCGACGCUCCGCGUGUGGUCCAUCCCGGACGGCCGGUGCCUGCGCGUGCUGGUGGGCCACCUGGCCGCCGUGCGCUGCGUCCAGUACGACGGCAAGGUGGUGGUCUCCGGCGCGUACGACUACUUCGUGAAGGUCUGGAACCCGGAGACGGGCGACUGUCUGCACACCCUCGCCGGCCACACCAACCGCGUGUACAGCCUCCAGUUCGACGGGGUGCACGUGGUGAGCGGCUCGCUCGACACCUCCAUCCGUGUGUGGGACGUCGAGUCCGGACAGCUGAAGCACACGCUGACCGGACACCAGUCGCUCACGUCCGGCAUGGAGCUGCACUCGAACAUACUGGUGUCCGGCAACGCGGACUCCACCGUCAAAGUGUGGGACAUCACUACGGGCCACUGCCUGCACACGCUUUCCGGCCCCAACAAGCACCAGUCCGCGGUCACCUGCCUGCAGUCGAGCAACCGCUUCGUGAUCACGUCCUCGGACGACGGCACCGUCAAGCUGUGGGACGUGCGCACCGGCGAGUUCAUACGCAACCUGGUCGAGCUCGGCUCGGGCGGCUCCGGCGGCGUGGUGUGGCGCAUCAGGGCCUCCGCCACCAAGCUGAUAUGCGCCGUCGGCUCGCGGAACGGCACGGAGGAGACCAAGCUGCUCGUGCUCGACUUCGACGUGCCCGGCGCGUGCAGGAAGUGCGACGAA